AUGAGUGAUAAAGUCUUUCAAUUGAUUGCUGGUUACCAACAAUACGACUGGGGUAAAAUUGGUUCUACUUCAGCUGUUGCACAAUUUUCUGCCCAUUCCGAUCCUACUGUUAAAAUUAAUGAAAAUGAACCUUAUGCUGAAUUAUGGAUGGGUACUCACCCAAAGGUACCUUCUAAAAGUAAAACUAAUCAAAAAACUUUAAAUGAAUUAAUUUCAGAAAAACCAGAAACUAUGUUGGGUAAUGGUAUUAUUUCUCAAUAUAAAUCAACAAGUGAAAUUCCAUUCCUAUUUAAGGUUCUUUCUAUUAAGAAGGUUUUAUCUAUUCAAGCACAUCCAGAUAAGAGUUUAGCUAAAAUCUUGCGUGCUCAAGAUCCAGCUAAUUAUCCAGAUGACAAUCAUAAACCAGAAAUGGCCAUUGCUGUAACAGAUUUCGAAGGUUUCUGUGGUUUUAAACCUUUGGAAGAACUUGCUGAAGAAUUGAAGACUUUACCAGAAUUUUUGGCAAUUGUAGGUAAGGAAACCGCUGAUAAUUUUAUUAACAAUAUUAAACCAAAUGUUGAGAAUGGUUCACAAGAAGAUAUUGAAAACAGAAAGUUGUUACAAUCUAUUUUCAGUAAGGUUAUGAAUGCCACCGAUGCAGAAAUCGAAACUCAAGCAAAAUUAUUGAUUGAAAGGGCUCAGAACCAUCCAGCUGACUUCGCUCGUAAGGAAUUGCCAGAGUUAUUAAUCAGAUUGAAUGAACAAUUCCCUAAUGAUGUUGGUUUGUUCUGUGGUGGUUUGAUGUUAAAUCACUGUACUUUGCAAUCUGGUGAAGCAAUUUUCUUAAAGGCCAAGGACCCACACGCUUAUAUUUCUGGUGAUAUUAUCGAAUGUAUGGCUGCUUCUGAUAAUGUCGUUAGAGCUGGGUUUACUCCAAAAUUUAAGGAUGUCAAAAACUUAGUAUCCAUGUUAACUUACUCUUAUGAUCCAGUUGAAGACCAAAAAAUGAAACCAGAAGAAUUCGCAAGGUCAUCCGGUUCCGGUAAAUCAACUUUGUACAAUCCUCCAAUUGAUGAAUUUGCAGUCCUUGAAACUACCUUCACCAACAGUGUUGGUACUAGACACUUUGAAGGCGUUGACGGUCCAAGUAUAAUCAUUACCACAAAGGGUAACGGUUUUAUUGUUGGUGAUAAUGUUAGAAUUAAAGCAGAACCAGGUUUCGUCUUCUUUGUUGCUCCAAACACCUCUAUUGAUUUGGAAACUGACGAUUCUUCUUUCACAACCUACAGAGCCUUUUCUGAACCAACAAUAUAA